AUGUCCACCGAGCCCGCCCCCGUCCCCGCUCCUACCCCCAUCCCAUCCACUCUCCCGCUCACCCGCGACUCCGUCCUCUCCGCCCACGCCCUCAUCACACCCCACAUCCACCGCACCCCCGUGCUCACCUCCACCACCCUCUCCGCUCUCGCCUCAACCCCCACCACGCCUAUAACCCUCCUCUUCAAGGCCGAGAACCUGCAAAAGAUCGGUGCCUUCAAGAUCCGUGGCGCCACACACGCACUCGCCCGCCUCUCCGACGAGCAGCUGAGGAAUGGCGUGGUGACGCAUAGCUCUGGCAACCACGCCCAAGCCCUCGCCCUCGCCGCCCGCACCGCCUCCCAAACCCGCGGCUUCCCCAUCCCCGCCUACAUCAUCAUGCCGCGCAUCUCCACGCCCAGCAAGAUCGCCGCGACCCGCUCCUACGGCGGCACCGUCACCUUCAGCGGGCCCACCUCUGUCGAGCGCGAAGCCGCCACCGCCGAGGUCCAGGCGCGCACCGGCGCCGUGUACGUCCCGCCGUACGACCACGGCAACAUCAUUCUGGGCCAGGGGACGCUGGCCGUCGAGCUCCUAGAGCAGGCGGCAGAGCUCGGACGGCCGCUGGAUGCGAUCGUGGCGCCGUGCGGCGGCGGCGGGAUGCUGAGUGGUGUUGCGGUCGCGUGUGCGGGGACGGGGGAGGAGGUGGAGAGGUGGGCGGCGGAGGAGAGGGAGGAGGGGAGGGCGAGGAGGGGAGGGAGGGGGUACAACGUGGGUGUUGUGCUGAGUGGGGGGAAUACGACGAUUGAGAAGAUUGUCGAGCUGUUUGGGAAGAAGAAGGAGUAG